AUGUGCAAUGGGACCAUUUCCCAUAUAAUUGAAGAACAAAGCCAAAAAGAUUAUCAUCUCACCCAACCACUCCCAAAAUUUCGGCCACACACUCUCAAGGAGGAGGAGGAGCUCUGAAAAUAUCAUCCUCCAUAGCUACAACCGAGCUCAAGGUUGAAGAAGGCUCAAGGAAGAAGAAAAGCUUGGAAAAGAAGAGAAAAACUUAGUAAAAUUAAGGAAUUUUACCAAGGUAUUCUAGACUUCUCAAGGAACCUAGGAGUGGCCGGAAAAGUCGCCGGAGCCACCGGAGUUUUCGCCGGAAAAUUCAAAAGUCGCCGGAGUUCGAACAAAGAAGAUAAAAGCUUUCUAGCGUCAUUUCAAGAAAUAUUCAAAUCAGAUCAGAUCAUAAGGAUUCAGAUCAGAUCAGAAGGAUUCAAAUCAGAUCAAGAACAUUCAGAUCAGAUCAGGAACAUUCAGAUCAGAACAGAAAGAUUCAGACCAGAUCAGACCAGAUCAGAAAGAUUCAGAUCAGAUCAGAUCAGAUCAGAAAAAUUCAGACCAGAUCAGAACUUAAAAAAUUCAGAUCAGAAACAUUCGGAUCAGCAGAGGUCGAUGAAUUAGACGCACGCCGCAGCCCGCAGCGCAGGAUUCCACAGACCGCUCGCUGCUCGCAUCUCAGGAGGCCGCACGCCCUGACGCCUCCUUCAACUCUGCCGCUCCUGCUCGCUUCUUCUCUCCAUUCAGGGAUAAAUGGAACAUGGUGCACUCAACGAUCUAUCCAAUGCAACAUUCUCUCUGACAGAUGAGGAUCAUACACUUUCCAAUGCACUUAGAUUCGCUCUUAAUCAGGAUCCCAGGAUCGUACUUUGUGGCUACAGCAUUCCACAUCCAUCCGAGGCCCGAGUUAAUAUAAGAGUUCAGACUACUGGUGAUCCAGCUCUGGAGGUGCUGAAAGAUUCAUGCCAGGAUCUAAUGGUUAUGUGCCAACACGUUAGAAGCACGUUUGAUCAAGCUGUUGCAAAUUUCAAGAAUGAAAAAUCCCUGGAAGACUUGGAUUUGCAAAAGCGAUGAUUGGUUUAUUACUCGACUCACUUUUCAUUAUUCAUAUGUCUCAACGAUUGUAACAUAUUGCAAGUAUUUUGGUUUUCAUAUACAUUCUCUCCCAUUUUUUUCGUCACAUACAUUAUUCAGGUGGUCAAUCAUUUCUCUUUUGUUUAUCGCUUUUUAACACAUUUUUUGGAAGGACUUAUAUUGAAAUCAAAGCAU